AUGGAAGCUCCUUCAGCCACUUCUCAAAUCAAACGAACUUUCGCUCGAUUUUUCACACAAAACUUGAAAGCUGGAAAAACAUUCAGAGAGAUUUGCCUUGGACAAAUGAAAGGGGUACAGAAGGCGGUUGGAAAUUAUUUUAUUGAAAGAGGACAUCUCGAAAGACUGGUAUAUCUGUUUGAAAACAACCGCAGUUGGGAUGCACAAAGCUCGAUUCGCCGCCAGGAAUAUUUGAUUGAUCUCAACAAAUUUCUUGCAAGAUUUCGACCACAAUUCUACUCGCGAUUUCCCGACCGUUCCCAUUCAAUUUUUGUGGCGACGAUGAGACUGUUCGAUAUGGUCGAAACCGUUGUCUUUUCUAUGGAUGUCCGAUUCGCGGGGAAUUUGAUUCAACAGUUAGAGAAGCUGGAAAAAUCCGUAAGUUUUUUUGGGUUUUGAUAGGGUUUGGAUAACUUAGGAAGGAUGGGGAGAAUCAGGGAAAGUUAAGGAGACUUUAGAAAAUUUACAGAGGCUAUAGAAAGCUUUAGAAAACUUCAGAAGAUUUUUUGAGGCUUCUGGAGACUUCAGGAAACUUUUGAAAGUUUUAAAAAAUUUUUAGUGGCUUCUGGAGUCUUCAGGAAACUUUUGAAAGUUUUAAAAAAUUUUUAGAGGCUUCUGGAGUCUUCAGGAAACUUUUGAAAGUUAAAAAAAAAUUUUAGAGGCUUCUGGAGUCUUCAGGAAACUUUUGAAAGUUUUAAAAAUUUUUAGAGACUUCUGGAGUCUUCAGGAAACUUUUGAAAGUUAAAAAAAAUUUUAGAGGCUUCUGGAGUCUUCAGGAAACUUUUGAAAGUUUUAAAAAAUUUUUAGUGGCUUCUGGAGUCUUCAGGAAACUUUUGAAAGUUUUAAAAAAUUUUUAGAGGCUUCUGGAGGCUUCAGGAAACUUUUGAAAGUUUUAAAAAAAUUUUAGAGGCUUCUGGAGUCUUCAGGAAACUUUUUAAAGUUUUAAAAAAAAUUUUAGAGGCUUCUGGAGUCUUCAGGAAACUUUUGAAAGUUUUAAAAAAAUUUUAGUGGCUUCUGGAGUCUUCAGGAAACUUUUGAAAGUUAAAAAAAAAUUUUAGAGGCUUCUGGAGUCUUCAGGAAACUUUUGAAAGUUUUAAAAAAUUUUUAGAGACUUCUGGAGUCUUCAGGAAACUUUUGAAAGUUAAAAAAAAAUUUUAGAGGCUUCUGGAGUCUUCAGGAAACUUUUGAAAGUUUUAAAAAAUUUUUAGUGGCUUCUGGAGUCUUCAGGAAACUUUUGAAAGUUUUAAAAAAUUUUUAGAGGCUUCUGGAGGCUUCAGGAAACUUUUGAAAGUUUUAAAAAAAUUUUAGAGGCUUCUGGAGUCUUCAGGAAACUUUUUAAAGUUUUAAAAAAAAUUUUAGAGGCUUCUGGAGUCUUCAGGAAACUUUUGAAAGUUUUAAAAAAUUUUAGUGGCUUCUGGAGUCUUCAGGAAACUUUUGAAAUCUUAAAAAAAAUUUAGUGGCUUCUGGAGUCUUCAGGAAACUUUAGUGAGCUUCAGAAAGAUUACUUAAGCUCUAGAAUGCUUCACGAAGAUUUGGGAGGCUUCUAGUGGCAUUAGGAGAAUUUGGAUGGCUUUAGAGAGUUUUAAAAGGUUUCAAAAGACUUAGAAAACUUCAGAAACUUUAUGAGGCUUGUGGACACCCUAGAAAAAUCAGAAUUUUGUUUAAAGUUGAUUUUUUUUCAGAGCAAGAGGGUCGCUUCGCAACUCGGUGGUGAUCAUCCGUUAAAAUUCAAGCGAUUGUCGGUGAAAAUGGAUGGAGCUGGAACUUCGGGAGUCAAUGUCGCCAUCAAGAAGACGAAAAAGUGA